AUGGCUUCACACGCAGGUCUCAGCGCUGGCGGCGCUGCCAACGCCGACGUUCCCUACAGCACUCCUAGCCCUCCUCACCCUCAAUACCAGGUCGGAUGGAUCGGUCUCGGCAACAUGGGUAGCAAGAUGGCAGCAAACAUUGCCAAGCACAUGCGUGAAAUGUCGCCUCCCCUCCCACCUUUGCUCGUCUACAAUCGUACCGUCUCCAAAGCUCAGGAUCUCGAGAAGGAGCUCAAUGGACUCGUAAAAGCCGUUGAUUCGGUCGAACAGAUCGGUACACGUUGCGAUCUCAUCUUCACUAGCUUGUCGAACGACGAAGCAGCCGAAGAGAUUUACGAAGCUCUGAUCCAAGCUGAAGAGAAGCGCGUUGGCAAGCAUCUCCAAGAGCGUAACUCUAGCAAUUUCUCCACUCUUUUCAUCGAAACCAGCACACUUUACCCUGCUACGACUGGAAAAUUGGAGCGCAAGAUCUCAGCUUUGCCCAGACGUUACUUUAUUGCAGCUCCUGCCUUUGGACCACCUCCCAUGGCUGCUAGUGCCAAGUUGGUGUUUGCUGUCGCUGGACCAUAUAACUCGAAAAAGUUCGCUUCACAGUUCCUUGUCCCUGCUAUGGGUCGUAAGAUUAUGGAUUUUGGCAACAACCCCGAACGUGCUGCUUCGUUCAAGCUCAUCGGUAACUCUGUCAUCGUUUCCACCAUCGAAAUGCUUUCCGAGACCAUGACGUUGGCCGAUAAGACAGGUGUCGGAAGCGACCGACUCUAUGAAUUCCUCGAAGAGUUUUACCCUGCACCCUCUGCCUUGGGUUAUGGCAAGAAGAUUCUGGAAAGCAACUUCAAGGGCGAAAAUGGCUUCACGUUGAAUGGAGGUAUCAAGGAUGCAUCGCACAUUAUCAAGUUGGGUGAAUCGGUCGACUGCCCUUUGCCGAUCAUUGAGUUGGCUAGACAACAUAUGGUUUCUGCAAGGGCUAUCGGUGGGGCUAAUCUGGAUUGGAGUAGUUUGAGUGCUGGUUUUAGGGUCACCGCCGGUGUGGAGCCGUUUGAGAAGAAGGAAAUGUUGAAAAAGUGGAGUCAGGAGUAA